GUUGUUGUUGUUGCUGCUGCUGUUGUUUCUCCCGUUGGUAGUUCCCUGGGAUUGGUUUUUUCCUAUUAUUUUCUCCCAACUUUUUUUUCUUCUCAGUUUCCCCUCCAUCCCUCAUCCCCGCUGGUGCUUCUUGGUCCGAUUCGGCCGGUAACACCAACCACCCUUCUUGCAGUCAACUCGGGGACCCCGCUCAAUGACGCAGAACGUCACAUUGCUAGUUGCCUCCAAGAUCGCUCAGUGUGUUUCCUCUCUCGCCGCUCUCUCUGACGUUUCCAAGCGACAGAGCUCUUCUCCAGUCAUCGCCGAACUUCGCAAGGUCGUCGCACAGUACGGGACCGACGCCUACCACUUUCUUCUAAGGCGCCUGUUCUGGUCGAUCAACUUUUCCACCGAGUCGGACAUUUCUGACGCCCCCGUCGUCCGUUUCUUUGGUGAAGAGGUCGCAUCGCUUCUCGAACGACCCAACUUUGCGUCUGCGCUUUGCCUCGCGCUCCAACCGGUUGCCAGCGACGAGCCAGCCGCAUCCCGCACUCUUCCAAACUCGGCUGCCGUUUCCGAGGCUCUCUUUGGAUUUUUUGGCCACUUCCCUCGCAUCCUCAAGCUCUCUCUAGUACAGAGCUUUGUUGUGGCUCUCGGGCUCCUCCAGUCCUCGUCGAGUGAAAUCCAGUCACUGAGUCUCCAGUUUGUGACGAGCCACUUUGCCACCCUCGUUUCAUCGGCGUCCGCUCCCUCACAACCGCCCGUCUCGGAAGCGCUUCUCCGCAACCUUCUCGAGCACCUCGUUGCCUCCUCGUCUGAGAUUGGUCUGAAGAAGGAUCAGCUCGCCGAGGUCGUCCACACUUUUCAAGCGCAGUACCCGUUGGAUGUUGUGCCGCUUACCCUCGCUCCUUUCCUCUACCACAGCAAAAAGCAGGACGUCAGCAUCGACACUAUCUUUCCAGUCGACCAAUCGAUCGGAUUUAGCAGCUCUACAUCUAUGGCGGCGUCCGUUGUUUCACAAGUGACGGCGCAUGUCACGCUCGCCAACUUGAUGCGCGAACUGGGCUAUGCCUCGUGCGCAUCCCUCAGCUCGGUGCACGAGCUGCUGGACUAUUAUCCACCCGCCACCAUCACCCCUGUCGUCGUUGCUCGCGUGCUCGGCAUGAUGGCAGGCACCCUUUCGGGACUCGAGGACACCCUCCCUUUGCAAAGUACCAGCGGCGCGUGGGGCGCAGCGGGAGGCUCUUCCAGCCCCUGGGACCGAAAACAACCAUCACAACAAGCCUCCUCCAACGACGACUCAUCACACAAGCCCACAACAUGGAAUGUUGCCCCUUUCAUCGAUGUCGUGAAGGAAAUCCAGCCAUCCCUCAACUUUGUGGAGGUCAUCUUUGCCUUGGACUACGAGGGCUUGACAGUUGACGGCGGCGAGGGCUUCACCUUCCUCUCGCGAGCCAUUUUGCGGGGCAUGGGUCUGGAAGAGACGGCCCCCACCCCGUUCACUUCAGACUUUCUCUUCCGACCAUGGCAACACGUUGCCUCCCAACUAGUCAUGCUGACUGCCGCCUUGUCUGCACCUCCAUCGGUCUUCUCGUUUGCAACGAACGACUCUCGACAAGCGUGCGCAGACUGGCUCGCCAUCGCCUCGUCCAGCACAGAAACAAACGAGCAGCAAGUACAGAACUGGACUUGCCAGGAGUUGAUUGACACGCUCCUCGCCAUCGGUGCCAAUGCAGAAAUGGAGAUGAACGUCAACUCGCUCUUUUUGCCCGCCAUUCGCGCAUGUCCAGAGCUGCUUUUGUUUGGCCUGGUCAAGUCACGUUGCCCGUCGUCGCCACUGCAAUUGGACUUGGCCCGCGCCAUCAUUACACAGCUUGUGCAGCCAGUGGCCGAGGGCGCUCCACCAUCCCCGAUUCCCGUCGCUCUCUUCCAGCAAAUCUGGCAAGUCAAUGACCGGUUUGUCCUCCAAGCACUUGCCGAGUGGAAUGCUAUCGACGACGACGACCGAUGGUUUGUCCGGCUGUCUCAGACCCUCGACAUUGUCCAAGCACUGAACGCAUUGCCCCAGUUCCUCGACGCCCAACCCUACACGUUCUCUGUCGAGCUGGCUGCUGUUGCUGCUCGGAAAAACUUGCUCGUGUUGUCCAAGUGGCUCGCUGACAAGCUGCAGCGACCAGAUGCCUCCAGCGGAGCAUCGCCUCAACAGCAGCAACGACACGCCCAACAACGCUCGGAAUUUGCACUUGCGGCUGCACGAUUCCUGGAGCGUCGUUUCCUCGAGGUCCAUCCUUCAUCGCCCGUUCGCAUUCCACCAGAUCUUGUUGCACUCUUUGUGCGAACGCUCCAGCCCUUGAUGAACACUUUUCCAAAGGAGAUUACCAGCGCUUUGCAGAAUGUGCUCGUCCCUUGCCUCCGUCAAGGUGGUCUGGGCAUUGACGUGGAAGAGUUUCUGCGCUCCAUUGGCAAAGGCCCCAUGGACGCGCUCCAACAGCAGCAGCAACAACAGCAACAGCAACUACAACAACAACAACAGCAACAACUUGACAGCUCCCUCAGCGACGGUGCGACAUAUCCGCCAGAUGUCCAAGCCGAAGCCACCGGUGAACUGCAGCAAGUGUUCAAGGGCAGCAUGUCGGUGGAGCGGUUUGUCGACCGUGUCAAGCUGCUCAAGUCCUCAGCGUUCCCGCGCGACCAGAUGGUGCUGAACUGCCUGAUCAAGGAGCUCUAUUCCGAGUACCUGCACUUGCCUCGGUACGGCGAUGAGACCCUGACCAUUGCCGGCCGCUUGUACGGCUCGCUACUGAGCGAGCGCGUCGUUUCUGGCGUGGUCGGCGCUUCCUUCCUCAAGUUUAUUCUCGAGGGUUUGCGCAAGCCGUCCGAUUCGCGCCUGUUUGUGCGCUUUGCCAUCGUCGGCCUGGAUUGCAUCAAGUCUCGACUCGCCGAGUGGCCGCAGUUUGCGCUCAAGAUUGUCGAAAUUCCCCACUUUUUGCGCUUCCCACCAGAGCUUGUCCAGGCCGUCCGCAACAGCUUGCAGCAAGGUGCAUCGGCUUCUGACGGUAUGCUGAGUGACGUUGCGCUUCAGACAGCCCUUCUCGUCGCAACCCCUGGCGCGUCUGACGGCGGUGUCGCCAACGGCGCCCUGUCGUCGUUCAGCUCACCUGUGGGCAAUGCUGGUGCUGGCAUUUCGCCAUCAAGCAGCUCGGCCUCUUGGUCUGCGGGUGCAGCGACGAGCGCGUCGUCAGGCACCGCCAGCGGCGCUGCUGCCCAGGCAGCCGCUCUCGGCAACCAGCCCAUUCCAGUCAUUCAGCCCGAGGAGGAGCCGGCCCUCGUUGCUGCAGCAGCCGCCCUCUCGUCGCUCCACGCAGGCAACAUCAAGAAGGUCGCCACCGACUUGACCAACGUGCCGCUGCCCGCCUCGGCCAACGGCAAUGUUGUUCGCCUCGCCGAAAUCAUUGCCAAGGCCGUGUAUGACGCUGCCCUGACUGCCGCAGACGGCCUCGUGAUCAACGCAAACGAGACCGCCCCUCUGAGCGUGUCGGGCAGCGGCAGCGGCCGCCUCGAACUCAUUGCUCUGGUGGUGGCCGAGUUGUGUCAGCCCAUCUACCGCACGGCCACCAACAAUGCGUUCAAACGUUGCUUCUUUAACAUUUGCCAAGUCGAGUUUGAGCAUGGCCACAGCGCGCUGGCUGCCAACGAUCGCGACGCGUCCGAGCUGGGCACCGUCAAGCGCCGCCACUAUGGCUGGAUGCUCUUCCUCGGUGAACUCUUCCGCCUUCAUGUGCUUACCACCAAGAUUAUUGUCUAUUGCAUUCGGGCCUUUAUGAGCGGCAAUGGCACUCUGGCGAAUGACGAGGUGCUUCAGAUUCUCUGCAGGACCUUUGCCAUCAUCGGCGCCCCUCUGAGCGUGGCAUCGGUCGAGUGGAUGGACAAGUUCCUGUCCAACUUGGUGGAGGCCAGCGGGCACGCGUCGGCGACCACCCGUCGGCUGAUUAACGAAAUCCGCACGGCUCGGAACAACAACUGGGCGGGCUUGCAUCGUCCUGGCGUCAUUGGCGGUGCGGUUGGUUCUGGUGAAGGGACUGAGCCUGGUACACCCGGCACCCCCGGCACUGGCGGCGACGAUUCCAGCGCUGGCAACUCGUCGCUGAGCAGCCGCAGCGCCACUCCCGGCACGGAAACGCCCGGCACUGCCGCUGCUGCUGCGGCUGCGGCGGCAGCCAGCCAGGGUCCCUCCCUCACGUCGUCUGCCAACAACAUCAAGACUCUGCUGGCUGCGGCCGAGAUGGCCGCCAGUUUCCCCAAGCCCACAGACCAGAUCCAGGAGAAGGUGGCCUUCAUUGUCAACAACAUUUCCAUCUCCAACCUCGACAAGAAGGCCAACGAGCUCAAAAAGCUGCUUGCGCCCGAGUUCUUCCCUUGGUUUGUGCACUAUCUCGUGGUCAAGCGUGCCAGCAUUGAGCCAAACUUCCAUCAGCUGUACCUGGCCUUCUCGGAAAGCCUCAAGAUUCCGCAGCUCCCUCGCAUGCUUCUGGACGAGACGUACUCGGCCAUCCGGAUUUUGCUCGAGUCGGACAAGAUUGGCACCACGCAGGGCUCUUCGGAGCGCAGCCUGCUGAAGAAUCUCGGCUCGUGGCUCGGUCUGAUGACGCUGAGCCGCAACAAGCCCAUUUUGCACCGCGACCUGCCAAUCAAGGACUUGAUCCUUCAAGCCUACGAGACAGACCAGCUGCUGUACGUGGUGCCGUUCGUUGCCAAGGUGCUCGAAGGGUGCAAGUCUCGCAUUUUCAAGCCCCCGAAUCCCUGGCUGAUGGGCAUGAUUGCCGUCCUGAAGGAGCUGCAUUCGCUCCCCGAUCUCAAGCUCAAUCUCAAGUUUGAGGUCGAGGUCUUGUGCAAAAACCUCAACAUUGACAGCAACGAGGUUGUUCCCGCCACUGCGAUCGCGGACAUGCAAAAGCGCAAGCAACUCAUGCAGCAGCAACUCCAGCUGCAGCAGCAGCAGGCUGCUCUGCAACAGGCGCAUGGCCAACUUGGCCACGAUCACCCGCUUCCCACGCACCACGCCAACGUGCCGUUCAGCUCCAUCUCGACGGCCCAGAUUACGACGCUCUCGCCGUUCAUUCACGUGGCACCCAACACCCCGCUCAAUAUGCCUCAGCUCAAGUCGUACAUCUUCCUCGCCAUGGAGCGCUCCAUCAACGAGAUUAUUGGCCCCGUCCUCGACCGCUACUGCCCGAUUGCGUGCGUCACCACCCGCGAGCUCGUGCUCAAGGACUUUGUGCUCGAGCUUGACGAAGCCAAGAUCCGCAAGGCGGCUCAGCUGGCCGUCCAGAACCUUGCCGGCUCUCUCGCGACCGUGACAAGCCGCGAGCCUCUGCGCACCGCCAUGACGUCGCACCUUCGCAACUUUUUGCAGCAGUCCAUGCAGGGCAACAUGGAAUUCCAGGCCAUGCUGGAAGCGUCCAUUCCCCAGCUGGUUGCCGACAACUUGGACCUGGCCUGCACGUUCAUUGAAAAGGCUGCCAUGGAGAAGAGUGUCAUUGCGAUGGAGGCCGAUGAGCAGUUUGCCACCAACAUUCUGCGCCGCCGUCGCCCUGGCCAGGUCCCGUACGACCUGAACCAUUACUCGAUGCCACGGCUGGCUACCCUCGCCGAGCCUUUGCGGCCCAAGCCUGGCAGCACCACCGGCCAGCAGCUGCGCGUGUACGACGAUUUCAUGCGCACCAUGCCCGCAUCGAUGGCAGCCGCAGCUGCCGCCGCCGCACAGGCUCAGGCCCAGUCUGCCGCCGCCGCCGCUGCAGUUGCUGCUGCCGCAGGUGGCGUUGCUGGAGGCGACCCAUCUCUGCAAAAGUCCAUGUUUGGCGAUUCUCUCGCCGGCCCUUCCGCGCCUCUCGAUCCCCGCCUGCUCCAGGCAAUGGAAAAGCGCCUGUCGGACAUGUCCAAGAUGCUGUCGUCGGCCGAGUUUGCCGGCCUGUCGAUUGGCUCGAUUCCGCAGUCGCACGAGGUCAUGGCGCUCAUGCACACCAUCCCGCAGGCCAUCCAGCAAUGCCCGCUGAACGCAGGCCGCGACGAGCUGUCGUGCUCUGUCGCUCGCGAGCUGUUGCGCAUGCUCCUCGAGAGCUCGGUCAAAAUCCUCAAGGAAGCCUGCUUUGGCUUGCUGCACAACAUCAAGGCGCUUUGCAAAAAGAUGCCGUCCGAUUUGACCGCCUGGCUCAUGUUUGCCGACGACGGCUUUAAGACACACGUGGAUGUCGUGGCCGGUCUCCUGCGCGCCCAGCUUCUCUCUGCACCCGAUCUUGACGCGUAUCUUGCCAAGCUGCUGGAGGAUACCCGCCAUGUGGCUGCUGGCGACUUUACGCUCCGCCUCAUUGGCAAGCUGUACCUGACCGACAAGCCCGUGCACACCCCGGCGCCGAUCGAGUUCUUCAACGUUCUCGACAUGCUUGGCAAGAUUGCUCACGUUUCAAACCGCAUGCUGCCUGCGCCGUUGGCGGCCUUGAUUGACCGUGUCCGCGCCCAGAAACUGCAGGCUGGCGCUCAGAUUGGUGGACCUGGCAUGCUGACUCCGCAGCAACAGCAGCAGUUGUUGCUCCAGCAGCAGCAGCAACAACAACAGCAGCAGCAGCAGCAACAACAGCAGCAACAACAGCAGUCGCAAGGCGGCCAACCCCACCAGCAACUGGCCGCCGCUCGCGCAGCAGCAGCCGCAGCAGCAGCGGCGGCGGGUCGCUCGUCCAACCUCGGCUCGACCAUGGGAGCCUUCCUUGGCGCGCAGCAAGGCUCGCCGAUCGCCAGCGCAGUCCCGCAGCCACCGUCCACCUUUGCUGCCGCGGCCAGCGCGAUUGCUUCCGAGUCGUUCGACAUGGCCCGCUCUGGUGCCUUUGCCAACGACCGCUUGGUUGGACCCGAUCCCGAAGAAGGCGCCGCCUUCACCGACCAGGCCGUGUCGCUGUUUGACAUGUUCAUGACGGCCUUCUACACCAACGGCGCCGUGUAUGUCGAGCAACCUUUGCCCAACACGACUACGCCGCUGUUUGCGUCCUUCUUUGCCCGGCUCCAGGACAUGCAGGUCUUCCGCAGCGACGAGCACACACUCCGCGUCAUUCGCACCAUUGUCGAGUAUGUCGUGGAUUUGUACCACCAGGUCGCCGAUCCCGCUUCUCGCCAAGCCCAGCUGCAAAGCCAACUCGGAUCGAACACUGGCCCGCUUUCUCCGGCUGGUGGUGCCACCACGCAGGGCAUGCCCACCGCCCCUUCGCCCGCUUCAUUCUCGGCCGUCGCUGGCGGUGCGGUUGGUGCCAACUCGACCAUUGCUCCUGCCGCCGCCAACACUCCGCCGACCACGUCCAACACGGCGACUGCCGCGGCCUUCUAUGCUGCCAGCAAUGCCGCAGUCAGUGCCAACGUUUCCACCGCGCCGACCGUGGUUGGCGCAGCGUCGGGCACGGUGCUCCACUGGAUUCACCACUCGCCGUACGCCGCCCCUGAUGCCUUUGUCAAGUUCUUCUUUGUGCUCCUGCGCAGCACCGACAUGCUGAGCCCCACCCGCGUCACAUUCAUCCAGAACACACUCAACGCAAUUGCAUCCGUGGCUGCCAAGGAGCACUCCAUCAAGCGCGCCGGCGGCUUCAACCAGCGUCCUUACUUCCGUAUUCUGCAGGGCCUGCUGACCGAUUUCAGCGAUCGCGAUGUGAUUUCGGAAAUCCAGUACCUGCAGUUCUUGUCGCUGUUUAGCAACACGCUCCACGCCAUGCAACCGUCGGCCCUCGAAGGCUUUGCCUUUGCUUGGCUCGAACUGGUGUCGCACCGACUCUACAUGCCAAAGCUGCUGACCAUCAAGGCGGAAAAGGGCUGGCCCGUGCUUCAGCGGCUGUUUAUGGACGUGUUCAACUACCUCGUUCCGUACCUGCGUCGCGACGAGCUGCCGAGCCCUGUCCGUCGACUGUACCGUGGCUUGGUUCGCGUGCUGCUCGUGCUCUUGCACGACUUCCCCGAGUUCUUGUGCGACUACCAUUUCAGCUUCUGCGACGUCAUUCCGACCAAGUGCGUUCAGCUGCGCAAUCUCAUUCUGAGCGCCUUCCCGCGCUCGAUGCGCUUGCCCGAUCCGCUCACGCCCAACUUGAAGGUGGACUUGCUGCCUGAGAUUCAGCUGUCCCCGCAUCUGCCGUCCAACUUCCAUCUGGCCUUGUACAACUCGAGCAUCCACGAGGGCGUGGAGGUCUUUUUGAAGACGCGAGCCCCCAUCUCAUUCCUGAUGGAUCUUCGCAGCAGUCUCCUCCUCCCCGAGAGCGAAGUCGCCGCCGCUGGCACAAAGUACAACGUCCCGCUCAUCAACUCGCUCGUUGUUUACGUUGGCUGCCACGCACUCGUGGCCAUCCGCCAGGUACCGACCCAGAGCGGCCAAGCGCAAGCCAUCAUGCACAACCCGGCAAUGGACAUUUACCAACAGCUCGCUGUCGAUCUCGACGCUGAGGGGCGAUACCUCUACUUUACUGCCAUUGCCAACCAGCUGCGCUUCCCGUGCAACCACACCCACUACUUUAGCUUUGUGCUACUGUCACUCUUCUCCCAAGCAAGCCAAGAGAUCAUCCAGGAGCAAAUCACGCGCGUCCUUCUCGAGCGCUUGCUUGCCAACCGCCCCCACCCAUGGGGCAUUCUCAUCACCUUCAUUGAGCUCAUCAAAAACCGCGAUUACAACUUUUGGUCGCGUUCGUUCGUUCGCUGCGCCCCUGAAAUUGAGCGUCUCUUCGAGUCGGUUGCCAAGGUCGUUCUCGGCCCGUCGCGCACCCGACUGCCGCACGAAGCAGGCUCUAUUCUCGAUCAGCAGCGCUCGUUCGAGUAAAGCGCAAUCUUUUUUCAAGCAAUGUCCAUUGGAACUUUUUCUUUUCGCCGGCCACUACUACGACACGGGCAUUGUUUUGGCGACCAAUGCUUGUUCUAACUCUGGCUUUGUUUCAUGACAUUUGCAAAAAGGUUGCUCACACCCACUCUUUUGUUGCUCUUCCCCCCUUCAUUUUUCGUUCUGCUUUGGUCUGUCAUGUAUAAGGCGUCUUUUUUGUUCUUUGUUAUGUCUCUCUUCCCAUUUUUUUUCUUUUCUGCCCUUAAAAGUGUAUCGUUGGUUUUUUUUUUUGUACUUUUAGCGCUUCCAUUCCGGAAUAAUUCAAUAAAAUCGAAAUGUC